AAAAAGGGUUAUGUAUGUAUGAGAUAAUAAACUGAUAAACCCUUCCCAUCCAUUCAUCCAUCCAUCCAUCCAUGGCUAUGUUUUCAACUCCAAGUGCAAAUAUGAUUCUGGUUAGUAGUAGUAGUAGUAAUAAUAAUAAGGGAACAAUAAGACUAAAGAACAUCAUCUUCAUCAAAUUGAAAACGAAAAACAAGGCGACUAGUAGUAGGAAAUCAUCAUCAUUAAAAGCAGCAGCAGCAGCAUCAGCAUCGGGAGGAGGGGGAGUGUUUGAAAGUAGUAGGAGGGUGCUGGAGUGGGAUAAGGUAUGUGAUGGCGUUGCUUCAUUUGCGGGCACCUCUUUGGGAACCCAACAAACCAAGGCGCAGUUAUUAGAAUCGUCGUCGUCAUUCCAAGAGAGUGUCAGGCUGUUGACGGAGACCGAUGCGGCUGUUGCGAUGCACACUCAUCAUUCUUCUCUCAUCAUGGAUUUCACCUCUCUCCGUAUCACUCUGGUCCAGUCUUGUAUUCAAAAUGCUCACAGGGGCUUUCCCCUCCUUGGAUCCGAAGCUGUCGCCCUUGCUUCCAUCAUAUCCUUGGCUGACUCCUUGCAGACCAAUCUCAUUUCUGCCAUUAAACAAGAUUCCGAUUGCCUAUCCCGUUUCAUGCCCGUUUCACAAAUGGUAUCCCCUGUCCCUAUUCAUCUCUCUCUCCCCUGCAUCUCACACACGAUCACUCCUUUGCAGAUCAUGGACAUCUCCGUCAAUCGUCCCUUGGUCAAGUUCAUACACAAGCUCGUUGAUCAAGAUGGUUCUGUUAAAGAUUCCGCCAGUCCUAGCUUGAAACGGUUUCGUGAACAAGUACGCCUACUUGAAAGAAAGCUAUACCGGUUGAUGGAGAGUCUAAUCAGUAGUGAGAUGACACAAACAUCAUCAUUGGAACUAAGCAACGUUGAUGGAAGAUGGUGUAUAAAAUCAGGAACUGAUUUAAAAAGAGGCUUUGAUGGUCUAUUGCUAUCAAGCGGUUCAGGUACUGGUAGCAUUGUGGAGCCACUUUCUGCUGUUCCAUUAAAUGAUGAGUUGCAACAAGCAAGAGCUUCAGUAGCCAAGGCUGAGGCAGAUGUGCUGUUAGAAAUCACACACAAGAUGCAGACGGAUCUUGAUGACAUAGAAAAUCUGUUCAGUGCGAUAAUACAAUUAGACGUGAUCAAUGCUAGGGCAACAUAUAGCAUUUCUUUUGGUGGAACUUCUCCAGAAUUAUUUUCUUUUGAGGACCCGGUUGCAUCACAACCUACACAUGAGAAAUGGAAAUUGUAUCUGCCUAGAGCUUAUCAUCCUCUUUUACUUCAGCAACAUCGAAAAAAUAUGUACAAGGCUAUGAAAGAUGUCAGUGAUGCUACUGCUGUAAUUAGAAGGAGAAGACAGCAGGCUGGGAUUGCCAGUCAGAAAGAAGAAGGAACAUAUACAAGGCUUUCAUAUUUAGAAGCUAAGGUUGCAAAGUUAAAACAGUCGUCCCCUGUUCCUGUUGAUAUAUUUGUUGCACAGAAAACUAGAGUUCUAGUUGUAACAGGCCCAAACACUGGGGGCAAGACCAUUUUCUUGAAGACAGUAGGUUUGGCCGCCUUGAUGGCAAAAUCAGGUCUUUAUGUGUUGUCAUCUGAACCUGUAAAGAUGCCAUGGUUUGAUUCUGUAUUUGCUGAUAUUGGUGACGAGCAAUCCUUGUCACAGUCGUUGUCUACCUUCUCCGGCCAUUUGAAACAAACUAGUGACAUACGAGCACAUUCAACAAGUCAGUCAUUAGUCCUCUUAGAUGAGGUUGGUGCUGGUACGAAUCCUCUAGAAGGAGCUGCUCUGGGGAUGUCACUACUAGAAUGCUUUGCUGAAGCUGGAGCUUUGUUGACAAUGGCUACCACCCAUCACGGUGAAUUAAAAACCCUCAAGUACAGCAACGAUGCUUUUGAAAAUGCAUGCAUGGAGUUUGAUGAAGUGAACUUGAAACCGACAUAUAGGAUUCUUUGGGGAAUUCCAGGACGCUCAAAUGCAAUAAGCAUAGCUGAAAGGCUAGGACUUCCUAACGUGGUCGUAGAAAAUGCUCGUGAACUCCAUGGAACAGCUAGUGCAGAGAUUAAUGAGGUAAUAGAAGAUAUGGAGAAGUUGAAGCAGAAACUUCAUGAGGAUAUUCAUGAAGCACGGCGUCAUCUUAAGCUUGCUAGGGAGCUGAAUAGGAAUCUAAUGGUGAGUGAGCAUAAGAUUAGGGACCACAUCACCACCAAAAGAUACAGGAAAAUCCAAGAAAUAUCAGAUGCUGGAGGAGUAGCGCGCUCUAUACUUAACAAGAAAGUGCGACAGCAUCGCGUAUCUCCAAAUUUAGCUUCCAAGGUAGAUUCUAUGGUUGCCUCUUCUAGCAGUCAGUCUACGCAUAAAGAAGAUACAAUAAUGUUAAGCACCAGCGAUGUCGAGCAACAGCCACAGGGAGAAAAGAAGAGCAAAGUUGUCAAAGCAGGUGAUGUGGUGCAUGUUUCUAAAUUUAACAAAAAAGCCUCUGUGUUAAAAGUAGAUCCUUCUAAAGGGGAGAUACUGGUUCAAAUUGGCAACAUGAAAUUGAAGUUAAGAGUAGCGGAUGUUGUGAUUUGACAGGAUUGUAUGCCUGUUUAAACCUGAAAGAUGAUAAUACCGGAGCAGUGGAAGCAGCUGUACAUAUCCAUAUUUGUACAUAUUUUUUUUCGAAAUUCCGAGAGCAUACACCAAAAUAUCACACUUACGUACCUUAAGCCCAUAAUGUAAUGCAGUUUUAGUUUUACCAAGCCUGUUAAUCAGAUACUUCAUGUAUGUUUUAGUUGACUUUUGGGAUCUUCUAUGAAAAAUUAACUCAGGUGGUCCGAGCCGCCAAAUGGGCGUACCGGUUUUUGAAACA